GCCGAUCGCAGCGCUCGUUCCACCGCUCUUCCGCAGCCUCUGCGCCGGCCGACCGGCCCUACCGCGCCAUGGAGACGUGCGUCCUGCUGCCGCAGGAGUUCUCGCUGGUGCUGACGCCGGGCCGCGGCGGCGACGCCAAGUCGCCCGAGUCCGACGUCCAGGUCUGGAGCAACGCCCGGAUUCCGCAGGGCGUGCGCGUGUACCCGUUCCAGGGCACGGUGCGCCUGGACAAGCUGGAGGUGUACGGCUACCUCAGCCCGACAGAUAUCCGGCACCGGUUCGGCUGCUACGACGAGAUAGCCGAGCUGCAGGGCCACCGCGUGCGUCACUGCAACUGGGUGCGCUUCAUCAGACACACCAGCGUCUGCACGCCCGACGUCAACCUGGUCGGCAGCAAGUUCAGAGGGGAACCGAUUUACGAGGUGAUCCGGCCCAUCGCAGCUCACUCGGAGAUCGUGGUGUUCUACCUGCCGGAGCGGCCACAGGAGGAGUUCGUGCUGCCUGCCGUCGCCUACCUGCGACACUCGCUCUACAAGAAGACCAUGUACGCCAUCCUCGAAGACAGCCCGCUGGACCUGUCACUGUCGCUGCUGUCGCGCCAGCGCGCGGCCGCCGCCAACCCCGGCCGCCGCCCGCCGCCCGACGAGCGGCGCGCCGCCUCGUCGCCAACGUCGACGGCGUCGACGCUGUCGCUGGGCGAGCCAGAGGCGGCGCGGCCGGGCGCGGCGCCGCGCCGGCCGCGCGAGCGCACCAUGCUGCCGUGCCAGGUGUGCGGCAAGACGUUCGACCGACCGUCGUUGCUCAAACGCCACAUGCGCACGCACACAGGGGAGAAGCCGCACGUGUGUGACGUGUGCGGCAAAGGCUUCAGCACCAGCUCCAGCCUCAACACCCACCGACGCAUCCACAGCGGCGAGAAGCCGCACCAGUGCGGUGUCUGCGGCAAACGCUUCACCGCCUCCAGCAACCUCUACUACCACAAGAUGACGCACAUCAAGGAGAAGCCACACAAGUGCCAGCUCUGCUCCAAGUCCUUCCCGACGCCGGGCGACCUGAAGAGCCACAUGUACGUCCACAACGGCUCCUGGCCCUUCAAGUGCCACGUCUGCAGCCGCGGCUUCUCCAAGCAGACCAACCUCAAGAACCACCUGUUCCUUCACACAGGCGACAAGCCGCACAGCUGCAGCCUCUGCAACAAGAAGUUCGCGCUGGCCUGCAAUCUGAGGGCGCAUCUGAAAACGCACGACGGCGAGGCCAGCGAAGACUGCCCGAAGUGCGGCAGCCCGGCGAGUCAGCUGGUGUCCGGCGCCUGCACCGCCUGCUACACGGCCAGCCAGAGCGCGGAGGAGGACACGACCGCGUGCGAGGACAUCAGCGUGGUCUGAGCGGCGGCUGGAGGCGCUGCUGACCUCUGAUGACCCGGGCCGUGACCUGGCGCACUCGCGCGACUGGCCACCCCUCACGAAGGGCGCCAGGCCCUUCUGACAGGUCCGACGCCCGCCGAGCGCCGAGACGUGGUGGGCAGACGGCUGCUGGGCUGCUGCUGAUUGAUGCCCGGUGCGUGACCGUGAUGAUUUCAGCAGUGACCCGAAGCGAUGGAAGCGGAUUAUGUUGAGUAUGGCGCCACUUGUUACAUGUACAGCGAUUCGCUGCGCAUUCCGUCCAAAACGCUUGUGUGAUGCCUCUGAAAUGCGCAACUUGCAUCGCUGCAGCAGGAGCGCAGUUUGUGCAAUAACAUUUGGCCAAGACCUUGUGUGGUUUUUCUGGUGACUUCGCCAUCGUGUUGACGGUUGCUGGACGAUCAGUAAGAUGGACAUGUUAUGUUAUUAGAUUGAUUCUCUAUUGAGCUGUUGUAAUUUUAGAAAUCUCCACCUGAGUGAUACUCACAUAGUCACCCUUGUAAUGCGUAUGGUAAGCUUAGACAAUCAUCCGCUGUUGAACGUGUAAUAAUAUGUAUGCUUUGUCUAGUCAUUAGAUUGCUUCACGAGAAAGAAGUUGUAAAUAAAUGUCAAAUAUCG